GCCCCCGUCCGUCUCUCGUGGUGGCGCAAAAUUGUAUUUCAUACGAAACAUUUUUAUCGUGAGGGAGUAACAGAGAAAGAGAGAUAGAGAGAGAGAGAGAGAGAGCGAGUCGAACAACAGUUCAAAACUAGUGUUCACAAGUGUCUCAAAAACCUAUACACUGUACACAGUGUGCGCAAAACCGUCGCCGACGCGAAAGUAGUGUGUGCCACAGUCCCGAACUGUGUGUGUCCCUGUGUAUUCGCCCCUAAAUUCCCGCUCUGCGCUGAUGGACUAAUAAGAUGGCCGCCGACUCGGGUAUGGAUACGUGCCCUUCGCCGGAGAUCGCGGAUUCCAGAAAACGACCGCUCGAUUGCGCCUCGGAAAACGGCGACUCGAAACGUUCUCAUUUUAGUCCAGAUGGGGGUUCUGACGAAGGAAUCGGUAUGACAGGUGGAGAUGGAACAUACCAUUUUAAACUACUGGUGCCAAGUGUGGCAGCCGGGGCGAUUAUCGGCAAGGGGGGUGAGACGAUCGCCCAACUUCAAAAGGAGACUGGAGCCCGAGUUAAAAUGUCAAAGUCACAUGACUUUUACCCAGGAACAACAGAAAGAGUGUGCCUGAUAACCGGUGGCGUAGAUGCCAUAAUGACUGUCUUAGAGUUUAUAAUGGAUAAGAUUAGGGAAAAGCCUGACUUGACGAAGCCCGUUAUAGAAGCAGGCGAUAGCAAGUUAAUGCAAGAACGUGAUAAGCAAGUUAAAAUUUUAGUUCCAAAUAGUACAGCCGGUAUGAUAAUCGGCAAGGCAGGUAACUACAUUAAGCAAAUAAAAGAAACUAGCGGCUCAUAUGUUCAAAUCUCACAAAAAGCCAAAGAUGUAAGCCUUCAAGAGAGGUGUAUAACUGUGAUAGGUGAGAAAGAACAAAACAAACAAGCCUGCUUGAUGAUAAUAACAAAAGUGGUGGAAGAUCCUCAAAGCGGUACGUGCCUAAACGUGUCUUAUGCUGACGUCAGCGGCCCGGUGGCCAAUUACAAUCCAACCGGGUCUCCGUUUGCGCAGCAACCGGCUGCUGGUACGGCCUUUAGCGCAUCGACGGCCAGUUUGAAUAGUACUUUAAGCGCAGCCGCAGUGCAACAAGGUCUGGUACUGAAUGGCGCGGGCGCAGCCGGCUUGAGCCUCAGCCUUAAUUUGACUGCACCAGGGCAGAGUAUUGGGACCGUUACCGGACAGCUGUUGGACCAUGUUAAGAUGCAACUCAGAAGUUCCGGACUCACCGAGCCACACAUAGCCGAAAUCAGCGCCGCUUUAACCGUACUAGCAAAGUAUGGUAUAUUGGGCGUAGGCUUGGGCAUAGGAGGUGCUCACGCAGGCGCCCUACCAGUGUCCAGCUACCUGAGUGUCAUGGAGCAAGCUGGAGCAAACGCAGCUACCACCGGAGUCUUUGGAGCAGUUGGACAGAUCAGUUUAGGAGAGUGUCUAGGGGCGAACUCGCCUACCCCCCGGUCGAGUUUGGAGCGUUACGAGUCGGCGUUCGAUCCGUUCAGGCACCAGGCAUCAGCCGCGACCGCGCCGAUCUCCUUGAACAACAACAGCUUUGGUUUGGGCACCAACCAACAGGUGGCGGUGCAGCUGAGCAAGAGCCCCACUCCGGCGGAGAUCAAGGCCCACUCGGACACUAAGAACGUCGAGAUACCCGAGAUUAUUGUUGGGGCCAUUUUGGGUCCAGGAGGCAGAUCCUUAGUAGAAAUCCAACAGCUGAGCGGCGCCAACAUCCAAAUAUCGAAAAAAGGUAUUUUCGCCCCGGGCACCCGCAAUAGAAUCGUCACCAUAACCGGCAAUUCACAUUCCAUAACGACCGCUCAAUAUCUUAUUGAGCAACGAAUUUCGGAGGAAGAGCUCAAAAGGGCUCGGAAUAAUGGAAUAGGCAUCAUAGCAUGCUCUUAACCACUUACGGAACAUGCGCGAUACGGCCGAAAAGAGUCAGAGUUUAUAAAUUUAUUUUGAUUUUGUUUAUUGUACGAUUUUACCGUAGCUUUGUACAAUUAUUUCAUGUGCAUCAACCCUGUUUCGAUUCGUGCAACCUUAUAUUUAAAUUGGCCUAAUUGCUUUAAAAAAAAGUUUGAUUUCGACAUGAGGGUUGUCAAAGCUAAUGUACUAAUACUAAUACAAUCAUUCCUUGUACAAAAACAGUUUCGGUCGUAUCAGAAAUAAUGUGGUUACACUUUUGUUUUAAACGUUUUGUUUUUGUUUUUUUGUGACGUGAAUUUUUUUAUUUGUCAAAUAUGUAUUUUGACUUGUUAUAAUAAUAUAUUAUGUUUUUUUUAAAAAGAG